GAAGUGUGGUCUGGCACGAUGCAGAACGGAGACAAGGUGAGAGUUGUAUUCUCGAACAAACAGGGAGAUAGGUGGCUGCAGGUCCUACAGAAACGCGGCCAGCUGUUUCAGAUGAGAUCCUACUUGAACGAGGAAGACGCCGUUGCCUUUCUGGUCCCCAUGGUCAAGAAAUAUGUCAAUGGUGAGAUUGAUAAGCCCGAGAUGGAGAUGCUGAAAACUCAGUGGCUGAAAGACGGCAACGGGAAGAAGAAGAGC